AUGAGCCGGCACCACUGCGCCAGCCCGGCCCUGUCGGACACAACCUACUACAGCUUCAACGACAUUGAGCUCGUCGAGCCGCCGGAGCCCGUCGACUGCUACGCCCAGCAGCGACUGCAGCACAAGCGCGACUUUGACCCGUUUGAGGCUUCCAAGAUGCAGCGCCAAGACUCCGGGUACGAGUCCUACGAGCCGUCCUCGCCGCGCCGCACGUCCAUGUCCAACGCCAGCAGCCGGCCGCCGUCGGGCAGCACCGUCACGCGGCGCAACUCGUCGUCGGCGGCGUCCGCCAACCCCCCGCGCCUGCGCUCGUCGCGGCCGUCCACCCGGCGCUCGUACAAUACAUAUACCGGCGGCAACCACCACCACCACCACCACCACCUCCACCAGCAAGCACCGCCGUACGCGGUCCGGUCGUACUCGCAGUCGCAGCCGCCGGGCUUUGUGCAGUUUCCGACGCUCGACCUCAUCGAGCUGGCGGAGCCGCCGGCGGCGGCGGCCGACGACGACGCCGCCCUGAUGGCGCCGGAGCUGCCCCAGACGACGCACUACUGGACGAGCGACAGCACGCGCCGUCUCGAGUAUGCUGCCAUCGACGCCGCCGGCCGCGGCGUCAAGGGCUGGGUCCGCAAGCACCUAGUCCCCGACUGCCUGGUCUCGGACCAGAAGCACCUGGCCUUUGACGACGACACGGGCAGCGUCCGCAGAUAUCGCCUGCAUCUGGAAGAGGACCACGGGGAGAAGCAUCGCCAGGACGACCAGGCGGCGCGACGCAGCAGGAGCUGGCGCUUCUGGCGUGAGUAG